AUGAACAAGGGUGGAGCUGAACAGGAAGGUCAUUCUUUAAAGAAAGUCCAAAACAUAGUUUUAGUAGGUCGUACAGGGAAUGGAAAAAGUGCCACCGGAAAUAGCCUUAUUGGAAAAAGAGUUUUCGUGUCCAAAGCACAUGCAUCUGGUGUUACCAUGAAAUGCCAGACACAUGAAGCUGUGACAAAAGAUGGUCACAGAAUCAAUGUGAUUGAUACUCCAGGUCUGUUUGACAUAGCGUUGUCUGCUGAGUUUAUAAGUAAAGAAAUCGUUAGAUGCCUCACUCUAGCGGAAGGAGGAAUACAUUCUGUAAUCCUAGUUUUAUCGGCGAGGACUCGAAUGACUCAAGAGGAAGAGAGCACACUUAGUACACUGCAGGCUUUAUUUGGAAGUCAAAUCCUUGCUUAUGUUAUUGUCGUUUUCACCGGGGGUGAUGUGCUGGAAGAAAACAAGGAAACACUCGAAGAGUAUUUGGGUAGAGAUUGCCCUGCCUUCAUAAGGGAAGUUAUCAAACUGUCCAGCAACCGAAUGGUUCUGUUUGACAACAGGACUUAUGAUGAACGCAAGAAGGCAGAGCAAGUCCAUAAACUUCUCUCCCUAGUAGAAAAAAUUCGAAAAACCCACCACGGAGAGGCGUAUACCGACGACAUGUACCAUGAGAUAAAGGCAGAGCAACAAAAAUUACUUAAGAAGCAUGAGGAACUGGAAUCGAAAAACCAUCCAGCAGAAUUGGUGUCGCUGAUGAAAGAUAAGUUACAAGCGUCGUAUCAAGAGAAAAUGGACCAGAUGUCAAGCACGAUGGAGAUGAAGCUGAAAAUUGCCUUGGAGGAGCAGGACAAUAUGCCAUCUGCGCUAAGCGCUACAGUGGGCUUCCUACCUAACGGUAUGCCAACCGUAUCAGUGUCAAUACCUAUGAAGCCAUUACGUGGGGGUCAUUGCAGUAUCCUCUGA